CUGGUGAAUCGAACAAGUAGUGGGGUCUUUCUCGCGGAUGUUGAUUACUGUUUCGGUGAAUGUUGCCGAAAGUUUCCCGGUAAAUUAAUGAAAAACAUACGGCGUUCGUUAUGCAUAAAAUAUAAAAGUGCAUUGAAAUACUUUAUAACAAAGAUUACUGUACAUCAGUAUCGGUGUCAUUGUAAAAUAAGUGCGAGCAUUACGAUAAAAUACUAUUGUUUUAUGUCUCUACUAACAUAACAGAAAUGAAGAGAGUGUAGAGUGUAUGCGAGUGCAUUCAACAUACUCACACAAUCGGUAUAUUCGACAUGUUCGUGUACAAUGGCAACCUUGACACUUGGUGAUCGUUUUUGGCGGCUUCGUUCCGUUCUUACUGAAAUCGUGUUUGGUAGGAUCGCGUCGUGAGUGAAAGCGGCGGUGGCCAUUCUGUAAAAUCUUGCAGAGUUUGGCAGUAUCGAAUCAGUAAAAUAUUUCGUGCUUCGUAUUAACGAUAUUCCGUUAUUGUGUUUAUUUUCGUGACUGCAAUUUCGUUCGUUUUAUAAUUCUCGUGUAAACUUUUGUUCUAUAAAGAAAUACAUCAUAUUACAAACCACGCCAAACAUUUUGUGCAUACAUUGGAAGUUGAGAAAAAUAAACAAUUAAGAUAAUUAAUUAUUGUCAUGCAUAAUAAAUUAUUAUUAUAUUAUAUUUCAUCACGGAAGAUGUGUCUUCUAUAGUGCUAUAUAUAAAACUGUUACACAGUGCAUAGACACUACCGUGAAGUUUCUAUAUAAAAAAAUAAUGUUUAUGUGAAUCCGAUAAUAGUGUUUAUCUAUUCUGCAUAUUAUAAAUUGAAUACUACUUCUAUAAAACAGGAAAAAUGGCACAAAUGAAACAACAACUACCACUUCAAAUGCCAGAUUUAAGUAGUCUUCGCAUAACUACAGCUGUUUCCAUGCUUGGUAAAGCAUAUGGAUGUGGACAGUGUAGUGCUCCUCCACCUGGACCCACAACAAGUUCUUCUGUUGGUGCAUCUGGAGCAACUGGCAGUAAUGUUGUAGCUCCAGGUUCUUUAGGACUUGUUUCCACACAACAAACACACACUCCUCCUCAACCUCCUGAACUGCCAAUGUUUUCAUGUCCUCGAAGACCAAACAUAGGACGUGAAGGCAGACAAAUUACCUUAAGAGCUAAUCACUUCCAAAUAACAAUGCCACGUGGUUAUGUGCACCAUUAUGAUAUUAAUAUCCAACCUGAUAAAUGUCCUCGUAAAGUUAAUAGGGAAAUAAUAGAAACAAUGGUUCAUGCAUAUAGUAAAAUAUUUGGAACUCUUAAACCCGUAUUCGAUGGCAGAAAUAAUUUAUAUACAAGGGACCCCUUGCCUAUCGGUACUGACAAAAUAGAAUUAGAAGUAACACUGCCUGGUGAAGGUAAAGAUAGAGUUUUUAGAGUGGUGAUAAAGUGGCUGGCUCAAGUUUCACUGUUUGCUUUAGAAGAAGCUUUAGAAGGACGUACAAGACAAAUCCCAUAUGAUGCUAUACUUGCUUUAGAUGUUGUAAUGAGGCAUUUACCAUCUAUGACAUAUACUCCAGUAGGUAGAUCAUUCUUUAGUACACCAGAUGGAUAUUACCAUCCAUUAGGUGGUGGUAGAGAAGUUUGGUUUGGUUUUCAUCAAUCUGUUAGGCCAUCCCAAUGGAAAAUGAUGCUAAACAUUGAUGUUUCUGCAACUGCAUUUUAUAAAGCACAACCUGUCAUAGAAUUUAUGUGUGAAGUAUUAGAUAUUCGAGACAUAGGUGAUCAAAAGAGACCGUUAACAGAUUCUCAACGAGUUAAAUUUACCAAAGAAAUUAAAGGACUUAAAAUUGAAAUCACACACUGUGGGACAAUGAGGCGAAAAUAUAGAGUGUGUAAUGUUACACGUAAACCUGCUCAAAUGCAAUCAUUCCCAUUACAAUUAGAAAAUGGACAAACAGUCGAGUGCACAGUUGCAAAAUAUUUCUUAGACAAAUAUAAAAUGAAAUUGCGACACCCAUAUCUUCCAUGCCUUCAAGUUGGACAAGAACAUAAACAUACAUAUUUGCCACUUGAGGUCUGUAAUAUUGUUGCUGGGCAACGUUGUAUCAAGAAAUUGACUGAUAUGCAGACCUCUACUAUGAUAAAAGCUACAGCCCGGUCUGCUCCAGAUCGUGAACGAGAAAUAAACAACUUAGUUAGAAGAGCUGACUUUAAUAAUGAUUCAUAUGUUCAAGAAUUUGGUCUAACAAUAUCGAAUAAUAUGAUGGAAGUUAGGGGUCGUGUUUUGCCUCCACCCAAGCUACAGUAUGGAGGGCGCGUAAGUUCCCUCAGUGGACAGACGAAGCAGCAGGCUAUACCUAAUGGUGGUGUUUGGGAUAUGCGAGGCAAGCAAUUUUUCACAGGUGUGGAAAUUAGAGUUUGGGCAAUUGCUUGUUUCGCUCCACAAAGAACUGUACGCGAUGAUGCAAUACGUAAUUUUAUAGCACAAUUACAAAGAAUAAGCAAUGAUGCUGGGAUGCCAAUUAUUGGGCAACCAUGUUUUUGUAAAUAUGCUACUGGGCCAGAUCAAGUAGAGCCCAUGUUUAGAUAUCUAAAAGCGACAUUUCCAUCAUUACAACUUGUUUGUGUUAUAUUACCUGGAAAAACACCUGUAUAUGCUGAAGUCAAAAGAGUAGGAGAUACAUUAUUGGGUAUGGCAACACAGUGUGUACAGGCAAAAAAUGUUAAUAAAACGUCACCACAGACGUUGUCGAAUUUAUGUUUGAAAAUUAAUGUAAAAUUAGGUGGUAUUAAUAGUAUUCUAGUACCCACUAUCAGACCAAAAGUGUUUGAUGAACCUGUUAUAUUUUUUGGAGCUGAUGUGACUCAUCCUCCUGCUGGAGAUAAUAAAAAGCCUAGCAUAGCGGCAGUAGUUGCUAGUAUGGAUGCUCAUCCAUCUCGGUAUGCAGCUACUGUUAGAGUUCAACAACAUAGACAAGAAAUUAUUCAGGAACUUAGUUCAAUGGUGAGGGAACUCCUUCUUAUGUUCUAUAAAAGCACUGGUGGAUAUAAACCACUUAGGAUAAUUCUUUAUCGCGAUGGUGUCUCAGAAGGUCAAUUUCUUCAUGUUUUACAACACGAGUUAACUGCCAUUCGAGAAGCUUGUAUUAAACUUGAAGCUGAGUAUAGACCUGGAAUAACAUUUGUUGUAGUCCAGAAGAGACAUCACACUCGCCUAUUUUGUUCGGAAAAAAGAGAUCAAAGUGGUAAAAGCGGGAAUAUACCAGCCGGUACAACAGUUGAUGUCUGUAUAACGCAUCCAACUGAAUUUGACUUCUAUUUAUGUAGCCACCAAGGCAUCCAGGGCACGUCUCGACCAUCACAUUAUCACGUUUUAUGGGAUGAUAAUCGUUUUGAAAGUGAUGAAUUACAAUCUCUAACGUAUCAAUUAUGUCACACGUAUGUCAGAUGUACGAGAUCUGUUAGUAUACCUGCACCAGCAUAUUAUGCUCAUCUCGUAGCAUUCCGAGCCAGAUAUCAUUUGGUAGAAAAAGAGCAUGAUAGUGGAGAAGGAUCUCAUCAAUCUGGCUGUAGCGAAGACAGAACACCAGGUGCAAUGGCAAGAGCUAUCACAGUUCAUGCAAACACAAAGCGGGUUAUGUACUUUGCAUAAUUCUUCUUUGAAUUUUUCUUAGACACAUAAGCAAAAUAGUAAAAAUAAUAAAAAUGAUACCGUAAAAUGAUAAUGAUCAUCAUAUCUUGCACGUUGAUAUUUUUAGACUGCUUGAAAUGCUAGACAAUCUUCUUGAGUGGUCAACUUUUUUGCUUACUUUUGUAAUCAAAUAAAUCUGUCUAAUACCUAAAAAUAUGUUGAACAAUUUUAUAUUAAGCUUUUUUUUUCUUGUUUUUUUUUUUUAAUUUAAUAUAUUGUCGACUAGGUUUUGGGCAGAUUUUUUAACACGUUAGGAAGUAGGUAUUAAACGAGGUGCUUUUAGUUAAUCAUGUUUUAGAUUGAUGCAGUUUGACUGUCGGAUAGUUUCGCGAUGAAAACCACAUGAACGAAUAAUUUAAGAAUUCGUGCUGCCGUGGAUAUUACGCUUAUUUCUUUUUUUUUUUUUCUUUUUUUUCGUAGAGGUUGAAUUUCCUCUAGCAUUUGUAUGAUGCAAAAGGAUCAUAUUACAAUAUAAAUUCACGAUUGUAUAAAUCGCUUCUGCAAGACUGUUAUCUUGUUGUUUAUAUAUAGUUGUCAUUUGUAUCAGUCAUUUUUUGUAAAAAGGAAAAAUAUAAAAUAUUGGCAUGUAAAAUCUAUUUUGCUUCAGCAUAUUCGUUAUUAUGCUUAUGAGACUAUGUUCUUUACAAAUAACAUACUUAUCAUAUCUAUCAUAUUUAUCAUAAGCAUUAAAAAAUUUGGCCACAUCAAGCAAUGAUUUGUCAAUAGGGAGAUACAAAUAAAUAAAAUUUGUAAAUGUUAAUUGUGAAGGUCUCCAAGUCAAUGGCCAAAAUAUGUUAAGAAUCUUUAAUAAAAUCCAAAGUUGUGGCAAGUUGAUAAAACAUAGUGUUAUGUAAUAUGUUUAGUCUCAUAAAGAACAUCGUGCCACAUUUGCUAAAUAAUAUCUUUUGUAUGACUUAAACUUGAAUGAAACUAUAUCUAAUGUCAUUUUUGGGAUUGUUUAGAAUAUCUUAAAGAUCGACCUUUAUACAAACACAGAUCAAGAAUUUCUCAUGUGACUAAGAAAAACUUCAAAUGAAUGAUAUGUAAUUAAGAGUUGUUCUUCAUAAUAAUAAGUAGAAUGAAAUAUGGUUUGAUCAUUGAAUUAUAAUUAUGUAAAAGAAUAGUAUGUUACGCGUACAAACAAUUUAUCGAACCGAAAAUCCAGAGAUACAUAUUUUAUUCUUCUUUUUUUUUAGUUGCACAGAUAUUAUUCUUUGUAUAUGGAGCGAGAAUUAUUGCGUAGCUUGAACUGUGGUAGUACUUUAUUCAUAUCGACGAAGGUAAAUGAAUACCUUCUAUCUGUAUGUUUGAAAUAUGAAACAUCUCUUCAAGCAAGGCAAGUACUUUUAAAUGAAAUGUAUAUGGCAUUAGAUCCUGGCUGAUGAUGAUUCUCUAUUGACACAGAAAAUGACUUGAUUAAGAAUAGAAUAAGGUAAUUUAAUAAAUGCAAGAUUAUUCAAAAUAUAAUGUGAAAUUAUUAGGAUAAGCUUUAUUUUAUUUAUCGUGUAAUGCAAGUUUUAAGGUCCUCAAGUUUUUAUUUCAAAAAAUUCAUCAUUCAUGAUUCAUAUGCAAAUGGAACUAUGUAAAUGGAACAAUAAUCUUAAUCGAAACAAUAAUUGUGUUAAGAGCCUUGCAAGUAACUACAAUGUAGAGGCAAUAGAUAGGAUAAUGAAGCGUAUAAGUAUGUAUUGACGUGCCCCACAAAUCAUUUAUUAUAUACCGUUAGAAUCAUUAAUACACUAGUAAAAUUUUUGAUAAUUUUCGUUGUUUUAAAUAUAAUAACACAGGUAAUUCUUUAAAAUGAUAAUUUAAUUUUAUUUAACACAGAGCAGUAUUAAUAACAUUUAAACAUCAUAUCAUUGCACGAUGAAGAAAAUUAUAAAAUUGUGAAACUUGUUAAAGAUUUUUAACAAAUAUCCGUGAUAGAGUUCUACAAAUUUUAUUUAAUGUAGGAGUCAAUUUAUAAAUAGACAAUAAAUGCAAAAAUUCUACUCUAACGUUUGGUAUUUUAAUAGAGAUCUCAAAACACAACAGGAAAAAGAUCAUUCCGAAAAUAUUAAUUAUUGAAAUUGCAAUUUGGAUAAUAGAGUAGAUUAGCACCUGAAAUUUGUAGAACUUUGUGCAUUAAUGAUUCUAAUUUUAGAUUUACAAGCGAUACAAGGUUAAUAUUAUCUCGGAAAGUAUGAAAAGGACCGUAAUCUAUCAAUAAUAUUUAUUCUAAUUAUAAAUUUAAGUCUAUAUCGUAGGUUAUCACUUGUAACCAUAACGUUUAAUGCCUAGUUUUGACUUUAUGACAGAUUAGGUAACUUGUUAAAUAUGAUUUGAUUAUGAGUAAGGGUCUGAAUAUAAUCUUUGAACGUUCACAACGAUAGUUCAGUGGUUGAAUCAGUUCCAAGCAAUUAAAGGCAGCAGAUGAACAGAAGCAAACAAUAUAAUCAGUAUAGAAAGUAAAAGAGAAGUUGCAAGUUCUGACUAAUGGAAAGAAAAUAAAUUUAUUAUUCUCAAGGGUGUGAAAAUACCAAAAUAUAGAAUGUGAAAAGCUUAAAUAUUAAUGAAUUACGAAUCGAUUUGAAUCGUAAUAAGGCCAUAUGGAUGUAGAUUACAUUUAAGUCAAUUUAAGUGCUGCAAAAUGUCACAGUGUAAAUAUAAUCGGUGCGCGAGUAAAUACCAAAAUUGGCAUCGAUGAGGUAAAAGAUCAAAAGUAAAGCAUUCAUCAAUUAUGUAGUUCAAAGUAAAGUAUUCGUCAUUUUAUUAUUCACAUUUCGUAUCUCGAUCUAAGCAAUCCUUUUUAACGAGAUUCAUUUCUUAUGGGCUUGCGUCGACAUUUGAUAUUUUCCUGCGCCCGAUCAAGAACUAGCCUCCAUUUGUAAAUAUACCUCAGUAAUUUAUCAAUACAUCACUAUCCCAUUUAGUAAAUAAUGCUCGGUGGGCGACAGGUGGAACGUUAAGAACGAUUUUUGUAAUUUUUAUUUUAACAAGAUGAAUUCAGAUAUUAGUUAUACAUCGUUUAUCGAUCUUUUAAAUCUGAUAUAAAAAGAAUGUUACAUUAAAAUAAAUAAUAUGUCGAUCAAAAUCCAAUUUUGAUAACGUGCAUAAAUUUAUGCAACGUGUUGUAAACUUGCACUUAGAAGGAAUCACGAGGCAAUUUAGAAAAGACAGACAGGUUUAUUAAAUGAUAUUUACUUAGUAUAUAAUAAAAUAACCGAGUCUAUUCACAAAACAAGAAUUUACUUCCUAUCACGAGUCCCAAACAUUUUAAGAUAAGGCAAAUAAUUUAUAUUUGUAUACCUACAAUAUAUAUAUGUGUACAUAUAUAAUAUAUAUAUAUAUAUAUAUAUAUGCCUAUAUAUGUAUAUACAUCUACGUAUACAUAUAUAUAUAUGCAUAUGCGAAGAUUAACUGUACUGCAUUUGUUAACAAAUGCCACGUGCAAAGAAUAGAUUUGAAUUAUACAGCACCAGAAGUAAGAUGACGAUAAAUAUCCUUGUAUUUCGAAGAGCUUUACAGGUUACAUCGUAAUCAAUUGUAUUUGCAAGUGAUCGAUUUUCCUGAUCUGUUAAGAUCAUCGUAAUCGUCAGUGUUUUUAAGUGGCGUUCAACGAUAAACUUAAUAAAAAUUAAGCAAGUUCGAUUUCGAUAAAUUAUGAAUUAUUGAUACCAUUGAAUGUUUAUCAAAUCAUUUUACAGUAUAAAUAUUAAUUCUCUGCACAAAAUCAUGCGGGUAAAUUGUGAUUCUUUCUUUUAGCCUUUGUAACUCGCAAAGCGCCACCAAAGACCUUGACGUUGUAACAUUAUGAUUUUCAACAAAUAUUACGUAGGUUUGCGAUAAAGGGAAAAAAUUGUAUUAACGAGAUUAGUUCGAUGUUAAACGGGUAUUGGUCAACUUCCAGGAAAUGCAAAUAAUUCAACUUGUAAUACGAUCUUAAGGAAAUAGAAAUUAGGCUAUAUAGCGACGAACAGAGAUAUUAGUACGGACAAUACAGAACUGUGUAUAAAUAAUGAAAAACUAUUAUCUCGUUUUUAGAACGUUUCUAAAUGAAAUAUUUUACCAACUUCUUAUCUUACUUGAAUGUCUUGAGUAAUAAUACGGUUAUUAGAAACAGUAGAAUGUACAUUGGUAACUAUUUGUACCGAAGAAAGAAUGUAUAUUAGUACUUUUAUGGUUUUAAAUCGUAAAUUGUUCAAUUAGUUUGCUUUUAUAUUUUGUGUUAUAUAUGUAACUUUUUAAAUUAUUUCUUAAAUCGUCAAACAUCGGAUGUAUUUUAUAAAUAAUUAUUUACCGUAUGUAUGUAUUAUAUACUGCAUGUAUUAUAAGAUCAUUCUUGAAACUACAUGUCAUUUUUCUAAACGUAAUUGUACUAGUCUUUUGUCUUAGUCUUUUUCUCUAAUUUAAAUCAAAGAUGUUUGGCAAUGGUUAGAUUCGUAACAUUGAAAAUAAGAAUUCUCUUUUAAAUCUCAUUCUUUUAUGUUUCUAUAUACGAUAUAUUUCCAACAUUGACAGUCCAAGGAGUGGUCUGUUCAUCGCUAUAUACUUACAUAAAGAAAGAAACGAGAGAAUCGAUAGCUUCGUAUAAUACACAAAGAAGUUGUAUAAUAUUUUUCCAAUACUUUUUGUUUGCUUUUCCUACGAGGUUCCAACCAUUAGCCGUUAUCCAUUUCUUUGUGAAAAUGUUAAAACAUUAUCAUAGCAUAAGUUUACUUCGCUUAAGCACUCGAAAAACAUACACGUGUGAAGGUGCUUAGGGGUAUAAGUGACAAAAAAAAUAUUAGCUUUAAGAAUGUCAGCACCCCGAACAAAUUCAGUGAUGACGUUCCCAAUGAAUUAUGAUUCAUCAUAAUAUAGUAUCGUAGUUUUAGGGUUGUCUAAUUAAAUCCGUUUUAAAAUGCGAGUAUGAGUAUCGCAUGAAUAACCAUAUUGAAAUAAGGGGGUAACCGAGUAACAAUGAUGAUUAAUGACAAUGAUAAUAAUUAGCCGACUGUAAAAUUAACGCUUUAUAGGCUAAGCUAAUUUGUAUAAUUUCUUGUUGAGCGUGUUCUGAUUUCUUGUCUACACGCGCUUCUUCAUCAGUGAUCUCAGAGGAUGUUUGCGCACCUUCUAUUACGUUGCUAUGUGUUUAAGCGCGAGCUCUCUUUAACCCUUUCGUACCAGUGAGCUCGAGCACCUUAAUUACUGUAAGGAAAGGUUUAUGCAAAUUUGUGAUUUCAAAAUAAUGUAAAUUACGAUUAAAUACGUUCGCCGUUUGUAGGAAGCUUCUCGGACGACUUUAAUUCUAUCGUUACAAGAAUAUCGAUAGUUUGCAGAUUCCUUUAAUUGCAUCAGCGAUCAAUGUUUCAUAUCCACGCUUAAUAUUAUCAUCGAUCGUAUCGCCGGGGAACUGAUUUCUGGAAAUUUCAUGAGAUUUGUUAAUUUUUUAACUUCGAUGAAAGUGAAUUCAACCAUUUUAAUUAAAAGUCCGUUUCGUUAGCAAAUUUUCUUUUACGAAUUUCGAUUAUCGAAAAAGGAUUGUUCUUUUUUGAUGAUAUUUCAAAAAAUCGAUAUUUACCUAUCAUGUUGACGAUUUACAAACAUUUGCACAUUCGCAUAAACAUAUAACAAGUACAAGAGUUUCUUUCUUGCAAGCUUUAUAUAUAAUGUGAUCUAUCGACUAAAAUGAAAAUGGCAUUUAUUAUCGUGUCAAUCCAGUCUAGUGAUUUGUUGUAAUAUGAAUGUUUUAUACAUAUAAUUUUCGAUGAAUUAUUAAUUUUGUAAGCUGACUAGAGGCAGCGUCUUUAACCAGUACCUACAUCUAUAUAGCGGGUGAAAAAUUGUGCGAGGUAACAUUAAAAUUACGAAUGAAUAAAUAGGAAGAGUGUAAAAGUAGCGACAUUGCGCGCAUCUAAACUACAAUUGGCUUUCUCGAAGGGUACCGUCGACCAGUAAACAAUGUAAAUAGAAGAAAUAGAAAGAUGGUAAAGGCGACGCGAUGGUCGGAACUUUGAAUCGUCAAAGUCCAUGAUAGAUGCCAAUUGUAGCGAAGAAGUGACAUUAACCACUUAUUUUCGAGGUUCUUAUUUAAAAUUUUUAUCAGCUAACGUUUUAUGCGAACUAUUGUAGUUGUUGUUUUUUUUCUUUUUUGAUAUUGAGAGUGUGUAAGCGAAGAAAACGUUCGAAUACUACUGUACCUGUUGGAUUUUGAAAAAAAAAAAAAAAAGGAUACAAAUUCAAAAAGAAAUAAUCGAAAUGUUUAUUUGAAAAAAAUUAUGCUUCUUAAAGACUUUAUUUAUACGGAACAUUUUUUUAUAGAAGUAAUUUUUGGGUUUUGUAUCAUUUUAAAUAUAUGUUAUGUACGUUUACUGGUAUGUUUAUUUUUUUCGUUCUAAACAAUACGAACUUUCGCAAAUUACAGAUAGAUAACUUUAUUCCGUUGAAACGUGUAAUAGCAGGUGCUUGUUUAGCUUUUUUAAUCGAAUGUAGAAUUAAAUAAUGGGUUCUGGAACGAUGGACAUAAUUGUUUUAUCGUUUGAAAUUUGUAUUUAUUUCGACUCAAGUUAACUCGUAAACUUUCCAGAAUAAGAUAUGUUACACGAUCAGAACGCUAAGCAUAUGGCUUAUUUAUACACGUUUUGAGGACGAUUUAAGAAAAGUAGAAGAGAACAUAGAAUACGCGUCAUCGAAAUAAUUGUGACAUUAUUAGAACAAUGUCGUCCGUCCUACAAACUGCCUUGUUCAACUAAAUUCGACGUCCCACCGGAUAGAAAAAAUUGUAUAAAUCUUCCUUAUAUCUACAAGUGCCUGGCGCUUUAUCUGCGCGUGUUCGACGUGGCAAGUAAUAAGUUUGAAUUUAUUAAUGCGAAUACAGAUUUUUCAAAUUUUAAAGAGCGUGAAAGAGCGCGGGAGAAAGAUAGAGAACGUCGUAAUAAAAAGUGUGAAAGGGAGAGAAAGAGAAAAUGCGAGAACGAGUGAAACGUGUAAUACCGAAUAUACAUGUAUAUGAAAACAAAAAAUCUAAGAAACCAUGAGAGGUGACCAUUUUCUGAGUUUCGUAGUUGGACAUCCAACCUUCACGUACAAUAAAAAUUUACAUUUUGCACAAUACAACUAUUACGUAUUCCAAUUUCUAUAUAAUAUGUAUGUAACGUGUUGUGUGAGUUGCAUAUUAUUAUAUAAUAUAAUGACGCAUCUCGUUAGCCCUCUACAAUCCAGGUAAGGUUCGAGCAACGAACCUUAGGACAAAGUUUUUUCUUUCCGAGACUACUGUAAAUAUCGUUGUAACAUAUACCACUGUGCAAUUAUCGUUCUAAACAUACAUAUUAUAAAAUAGGACGAUUCUUUCGAAUAAAUGUUCGUACUAUGGGUAUUAUUAUAAUUAAGAAUAAGACGGUAUGUAGAAGGUUUUAAAAAUAUUCAAUUAGAUUUUAAAGGUAUGCGCAGUUUCGCUUCACGGCAGUGGAGAUAGAAAAAUUGAUGUAAUCUUUCCCGAAUGCUUCCUCUUGUAGUUUUAAGUCUUUAAAGUUUUCUAUAAGCGGAGUAUACACGGAAGCGUUCAGAAAUGACUUUGUACAAAAAUUUCAAAACGUUGGCUCGUGAAUCCCCAAAUACGUGUAUGCGUGUAUAACAAAUUCCUUAAUGUAUAAUACAAUGAUCAUCGUUAAAAGAUAGUUCUCCGUUUGGUAAAUUUUCGGAGAUACAUAUUUCUAAGUAAAACAGAGAAGUUUAAAGAAUAGAAACUCAAGGUCAUUUCGGACAUACCUUCCGUCGCAUAAUUUUUAAAGAUGACGACUCAACGACGAAGCAUUCGUGGUUUUACGAUUUUACGUUCGUGCAUAUAUGUACACUCUAUAUAUUUUUAUCAUGCUGUACUUUUAGACUCGCUAGACGAUUUUAGCAAUCAUUGUUCGGAUCUAUUUUGUCAGAAACACGAGUCGCACGAAAUGUACGAAAGUUAUAGAGAAUUGUAGAGGGUUCGGAUACGUGUAAUAUGAAAUAGCUGUAUUAUGAAAUGGAUUCUAGCACUAAUAAAACAAUCUGAAAUUAAUUUUUUGCACUUGAA